AACUGUACACAUACAUGCUGUCCUUAUCAGUUUGAGAUAAAACGAAUUUCAGCUGCCUCAGUUGCACUCUGGUAGGAGCCAUCAUGGAGAGAGCUGUGGUGCGAAUCACCCUCUUUGGGCUGCUGAUGGCUUUGGCUACCACACUACCAAACAAGGACGACAGGGACAUCUACAGCUUUCACAUCAACUCCACAGUGUCCAGUCGUUAUGCAACCACUGUCAUCACGAGCCGUGUGGCCAAUCGGAUGAAUGAGUCAAAGGAAAUAGAAUUCCAUGUCCGGAUUCCCAAGAACGCCUUCAUCAGUAAAUUCAGAAUGUUUAUAGAAGGUCAAAUGUACGAUGGUGUUGUGAAAGGUAAAGAGAGCGCUCGGCAGCAGUACACUGAGGCUGUGUCCCGUGGUGAAAGCGCUGGGCUGGUCAGUUCUGUAGGGAGGACUCUGGAGGAAUUCAAAACCUCUGUUACUGUGGCUGCUCACAAAAAGGUCACCUUUGAACUCACAUAUGAGGAGCUGCUGAAGCGAACGCUUGGAAAGUACGAGCUGCAAAUCCACGCUCGACCCAUGCAGCCUGUCAAAGACUUCAAGGUUGAUGUGUACAUUAACGAGAAAACCGGCAUCAAUUUCAUUGAGAUUAAAGGAGGACUGAGCACCAAAGCCCUGGCUAAUGCCAUCACCAAAACACACGCCGACAAACAGGCGUGGGUGUAUUUCUACCCGACAGAGGACCAACAGAAAACGUGUGACAGCUGUGGGGAGCAGGGUAUGAAUGGAGAUCUGGUUAUUGUGUAUGAUGUCAACAGGGACACCUCACUGGGAGAAAUCAAGACAUCAGAUGGAUACUUCGUUCAUCACUUUGCUCCAUCCAGUCUUGCCCGCAUACCAAAAAAUGUUGUCUUCAUUAUUGAUCAAAGUGGCUCAAUGCACGGCAAGAAAAUACAACAGACCCGAAUAGCAUUGAUCCACAUCUUGAAUGACCUGGCAGAGGAGGACCACUUUGGUCUUUUCACUUUUGAUAGCAACCUUUUUCACUGGAAACGAGAACUUGUUCAGGCCAACAAGGAAAACGUUGAAAGUGCCAAGACAUUUGCACGGAAUAUCAAAGAUAGUGGAGCCACAGACAUUAAUGAAGCAGUGUUGGAAGGAGCACGUAUGCUGAAUGCACAUCCCAGAGAAGGUUCAGCGUCCAUCCUCAUACUUCUCACCGAUGGAGACCCAACCUCAGGGGUGACAAAUCUCGAAGUAAUCCAUUCAAAUGUCAGGCAGGCCAUUGCAGAUAAAUUCCCACUCUACUGUCUUGGUUUUGGUUUUGAUGUUAAUUUUGAGUUCCUUGAGAAGAUGUCGCUGCAGAACAACGGUGUGGCCCGACGGAUUUAUGAAGACUCUGAUGCAGAUUUACAGCUGAAGGGUUUCUAUGAAGAGGUGGCUACUCCUCUAUUGAUAGAUGUGACAAUGAUCUAUAACGGUGGGACCAAUCUAACCCAGACCAACUUCAGCCAGUUUUAUAAUGGCUCUGAGAUCGUGGUGGCUGGUCAGAUCACUGACAAUGACAUCGAAACCUUUACUCCACAAGUUGUGGCCAUUUCAAGGAGUAGAAAGGUGAUCUUUUCUGAAAUUAACACCACUGUGGAGUCCACUGGAACAGUUUCCGACAGCCACAUCCAGAGGGUCUGGGCCUACCUCACAGUCAAACAGCUUCUAGAGAAAGAGCUGCUGUUAUCUGGACCUGAGAAGGAGAAUGUGAAGAAAGAGGUCUUGGAGCUGUCGCUGAAGUAUAACUUUGUGACCCCGCUCACAUCCAUGGUGGUCACCAAGCCUCCAGGGGAGAAGACAGAUGUGCUCCAUAAACCCAAGGAAGGGGAAGCACACUUUCAACCAUCGUCAUCAGUACUUCACUCCCAUCCAGUCUCAGCCAUAAUAGAUUAUGAAUAUGAUGACAUGGCUGACCUGCUUGAAGUGCAUUCCUUCAUUGUGCCAGACAGAGCGACUGAAGCUCCUCUCUCCCACAGGUUUUUGCUAAAAUCUGAGAAUCUGUCUCUUCCACUGUGCUUCGACGUCACUGGAGAUGUUCGCCUUAAACUACUUCAUCAUCCCACCAGGGAGCUGUCUGUGAAUGGUGAGCUUGAUUCAGUCAUGAAUGGAGGCUUCAAAAAGAUUGUCAUCCACUUAAACACUGACCUGCAUGUUGAGGUGGACACCAAUGAAAUCAUUGUACGAGACGGACAGACGCUGACACGCCACAGUGGACAGGAUGUCUUCACAGCUGGAAGUUUGUCCGUGAUAAAGCGGGACAAGGAAAUAGAUGUUGCAGUUGGAGACACACGCGUGGUCAUCUUAAUUCAUGUGAAGGAUGGAGAAAAAUUCCUCUGGCCGGUUUUAAGACAGCAGCCACUGGAAGACAACGUAACAGGAAUUUUAGCUCUGAAGCCAGCAGUUUAUGAGGAGCUGCAACAAACUCCCUCAAUCAAACUUAAGAUCAAAGACCAGGAGGUUGACGUAACCAGGGCCAAUGCUGUUGACUACAGUAUCGUCUCCCCUCCGACACUGGACUGCUGGCUCAUGCCUGCUGAGUCUGUCCUGCAGAGACGCCUGGAUGAUUUCAUCGUUACACAACUUUAACAGGAACCAUGUUGAAUCACUUGCAGAGAUUUAAUUUAAAAGGAAAUAAAUCAAACACUCAUUAAUCAUGGAAAAAAGACUUUCUGCCUGCUACUAACAUAAACAAAUAAAUAAUAUUCCUGAUC